CCAUUCUGUUCCCUCUCCUUUCCCAAUUUCCCGCUGACAUUUUCCCUUCUUCAACAUCCCAUCGUUCGUUCAUUCAUUCGCUCAUUUUCAGCCACAAAAUACCUUCACUUCAUACACUCGCUAUCAAUAUUCAACAUGUCUUCUGCUCUCGUAACCACUCUCCCCGUCUUCGCCGAUGCUGGCUCGUCCCAGACUCUCGUUGCUGAAGUCCUCGGCGCAGAUGCGGAUCACACAACAUACGUUCUGAACUGCCCCUACGUUGACCCCGAGAGCGAAGAGUACCAUACCAUGGACGACUGCGGUGUCUACAACAAUACGUACAUCGUCGGACCGUACAUGAGCAAGACUCUUCCUCCUGGUGCUGCUAGCACAGGCGACUUUGAUCUCUUUGUCACCAUGCCCGGCGACGCAGAAGAUGAUUGGAAAUUCUCCAUCCACUGCGAGAUGUCGCGUACCAUCGCCACGAAGUGCACCACUAUCAAUAUCGGCGGCAACGACGAUGGGCACCCUACCGCUACUCUGACCAACACUGAUGAUCUGGAGGAAUACGGGUUUAGGACAUUCGACUACGGUGCUGUUUCAAUCACUGCUGGUCAGGAACUGCUCAACGCUAAACACGCGAGCGCUACUGCGACUGCUAGCGACGCCACCAAGACCAAGGCUUCGGGAAGCGAUGCGAGUGGAUCUGAGACUUCUGGUGUAGCUACACCCACUAACACUUCUGGUGUCUCGUCUUCUUUCACGCGUGCGUUUGGUGCUCUGUCUUUGGCUGGUGUCGCUGCUGCCCUCGUCAUGUGAGGCUCCGGCUCGGAAUAACUCUAUCCUAGCACAGUUCUUGUAUGAUUCUCAGUAAUGAGGCUUGGGGAGACGACGGGUCUCGUAAUACACAGGAUUCACCUUAAUGUUUUAUACUUUAGUCAUGUGACAUAAAUGAACAAAGUUCUUCCCCCGUGUGGUUUGGGGAUAUGCGUCGGGUAUCCUGUUUAAGUUUGAGUUUGAACCUGUCGGAUGAAGGUUUUCCCCAAGCAACUACAGGCAUAUGAACCACAGCCCGAAUCGGACUGCAGGCUGAGCCCUUACAUCAUAAGCCAACCUAACUUCGAAGUGAUACGUGGCUAAGUAGAAAGACAUCUCGAGCAUUCGCCUCAUGAGAAACCCUAAGUGUAAUCAUACUCCCCAGUGUGAGUCAUGUUGAGCAGCUCAGGGGCGUAGACGGGGGAUUCGAGGUUAAAUUAUGUUAUGGGGCGUGUAAAUCUUAGAAGCGAGUGACAUCGAGUAUAAUGGAAAGGUAAUGAGUCUCGGAG